CUAUGUCUUCUGAAACCAGUACACCUUAUACUCCAGCUUCCACCUCUACUACUGUUGCUGGAAAUGAGACGGUCUCGCUCGCGGACGAAAUUAAAAAAUAUGACACGGCCAAGCUUAUAGAGUUUCUGAAGGGUCAGGAGGACUUAGGACUUAGCGAGUCAGCUCUUAAAAUAUUAGAAAAUGAAGAGGUUAAUGGCCGUACCUUCUUCAAGAUAACCAAAGAAGAGCUUGAGCGUCAUGGAAUGAAAUUGGGACCUGCAACUGCUCUCGUAGACUUCGCUAGGGAGUGCAAGGAGAAAAAGCUGAGGUCGUUCUCCUCGUACAAGACUAAGAAAGACUUGAAAGAGGUGUUAGCAAAGUAUGGAGUCCAAGAUGGGCGAAUAACAGACAUACCUCAAUUUACACCAAAACCCCACAACAUCGAUGAUAAGAACGAGGCUUUGUUACACUGUCUUAAAGAUAUACGACUCAGGCUACGCAAUAUGGGACCCGUCGUUGAAAGUAACGAAGCUAUUCGUUGUGAAUAUAUUUCGGCAAUCCUCCAUGCAUGUAUUAAUAUAGUCAGAGAACUUACCGGAAAAAAAAUAUCACUAAACCCGCAGUUCGAAGUUGUUGGCGAGGAAAAUACAGGUCGUGUUGAUUACGCAAUCCAAGCGCUUGAGGAGUUAAUUUGCAUCACAGAGGGUAAACAAUAUCAAAUUGCAAUAGGAUUCGCUCAGAAUGUUAUACAAUGCGAAAGUGCUUUACAAACUAAUAAGAGAAAACGAAAGGCGGAUGAUGCUUUCGGUGAAGAAUAUGACUAUCUCUUCGGGAUCGUGACUACAGCUACGGAAUGGCAUUUUCUCCUUUAUACCCCAGAUGGGCUUUCUUGCACGAGUAGAAACCCACUCAAUAUUCGUUUUGUCGAGUCUGCUUUGGAAGAAGGUUCGGAGGAUGAAAAGGAGUUGUGUAAAAAUGUGAAGCGGGUGAUGGAGGUUAUUGUUGGGUUAUUGAGGGAACGGGUGGACGUUGAGAAAGAGCCUAAGAAUAAAAAGGCUAGGGUUCAAGAAUACCUUAAAAAAGAAUAAUAAUAACGUUACUCCGCAACUGUCUGUGUAUUAGCAUAGAACUAUCAUGUAUCACGGGCUAAGUCCCGAUCUUGUAUUUAUUUUUGCAUGUAUGUAUAUUAAUAAAAAUUUUUCUUGGCAAAUUUG